CUCGCCCAAAGAAUCACCUCCUACGCCCUCACCCACCUCCCCGAACGAACAUACAACCACUCCCUGCGAGUCUACUACUUCGGUCUGGCGAUCAAGGCCUCUCGGUUCCCCGGGUGGCUUCUCACGGACGAAACCUUCUUCCUCGCCUGUUUACUGCACGAUAUCGGGACAACAGAUGCUCAUCUCGAAAACACCCGGCUCAGCUUCGAAUACUACGGUGGGUUCCUUGCCUUGGAAGGAGAUACCAUUUCUCUCGCUCCUCGAGAUCAAGCGGAAAGUAUCGCCGAGGCGAUCAUCCGGCAUCAGGAUCUCAGGGAGACAGGCUCGAUCUCCUCCCUGGGCCAGUUGAUACAACUCGCUACUUUGUUCGAUAAUACAGGCUCAUACCCUGAUCUCGUCCACGAGACAACCAUCCAAGAGGUGAACAUCCGGUAUCCCCGUCACGGGUGGAGUGGCUGUUUCGCAGACACGAUCGACAAGGAGAUUGCUCUGAAGCCGUGGGCGCAUACCACCGUGAUCGAGGGGUUCAAGGAUAGAGUGUUGAAUAAUACGCUGAUGAACAAGUAUGAAUAG